AUUGUAUCAGGUUCAUCUGAAGGUGUUACUUGUUCCCUUCAAGAAGUCAAACGCAAAAGUUUUUUUUUCAGGGUAAGGUUUUGCUUCUGACUGUGACUUUUUGAUGUCUCUGGGCAGAGGUUGUGCCGUCGGUUGAUUAUAGCGAUACCAUUUUUUUUCCACUUCACACUCGUGCUUUCGUAAUGUCGGCUUCUCCGGACGCAGAGUCCAGUUCUUCCACUGCUCGUGCUGGAGGUUUCUCACGACCCCCACCUCCACCUCCGAGCCUCCCACUUGUUCCUGAACAUUCGGAAGCUGAGCAAUUAGUGCAAACGGAGCAGAGCCUCGUCGGCCCAGUUGGGGAACGGUUUUUGGAUGCCCUGGCCGACUACGUAUUUGGGCCAUCAACCUCAACAAGUCUGCAAUUGCGGUCGGCGCCCGUGACGCCUCAGCAUCGAAAUCCGUCUGGAGCGCCGGCGUUUCUGCAAGACUGUAGUUUCUCUUCUCGGAACGCGGCCGCGGGUGUCGGGCCGAGUUUCUCAGCGCAGAAAAGUAGGUCCAGUACAACUUCUUCGACGUCUAGGGCAUCUAGUGCGAUUAUCGACAUCGACAGACAGCCUUCGUUUGGGGAAGUUCUAAACUGUAAGUGGACAGCAACAAUCCCAAAUGGUCGCUCAUCCACUUUGGGAGCACGCCAUGAUCUUGGUGCAAGUGCAAACGCAACAGACACGACGCCGAGGGUGUUUGCUGCGGAGCCACCAAGCCAGGCUCCAUCAUGUGUACUCGAUGACGACGACAUUGUCACACUUGUGGAAGCAGAAGUACAAACAGAGGAAGAAUUUCUUCCUCGGGUAGAAACGCCGCAACCGCAAGAACAAGUAGAUCACAAGGAGUUGCAGGCCGUGAUCGCGCCACCCACGACUGUAGAAGCGCACUCCCAGUGCGACUCGGUGCAAAGCCACAGUGCAGAAACGCAGUGCUCGCGACCAGAGGUGAUAGAUAGCAGCACGCAAUGCCGUCGAGUGGAGCAUGUUGCCGCGGAAAUCCAGUGUGCACUGCGAGCCGAGCAAUGUGAUGUGGGAACCCAGAAGUGCGCUGUCCCGCCCCCAGAGCAGGCCGAUGCUGCGUUGCAGUGCACAAUUCUGCAGGCACCACAGACGGAUGCGGAAACGCAAUGUACACGCACGGGACACCGCGACGCCGCCACGCAGUCUUCUAUGCAGGGGGAAUGCGCCGAGGCGAGUGUGCAGUGUGAUUUUGUUCGGGUAAAGCAGUGCAGUGACGCCGAGGUACAGUGGGGUCCAGACGUAGCAGUGAGCAGUGACGUCGAGACGCAAUGCGAUGCGUAUGAGACACAACAGACGUCUGAUGUAGAAACGCAGUGCGCUAUCAAAACGCUGCAGUGCGACGCCCAAGUGCAAAGCGAGGAAGAAAAAGUUGCGUGCCUCGACGCCGCGUCCCAAUAUAAUGAAGGAGUAGCGGUAGAAAUGGGGAUGGAAGAUGAAAAGGACGCAGCAAGGAACGCGCAAUGCAGCGUGUUACACCACCUCGUUAUUGACAUAGAGCCGCAGGAGGAGCACGGUGUUUUCUUGGAAGAAACCGCGCAGGUGCCGGUUCAUCGUCGGCACGAUGUACUAUCCUCCGCUGGUGACGACGACCGCGCCCUGUCGUCGUCGAAACAGGACGUCGUGCCCCACGAGCUUCUUGGACAGCUGGAGGCAGAGAAGCGCAAACUCGAAAUAGCGGAGGAAACCGUGCGAAAGCUGAUGCGCAAACUCAACCGUGGCAAGCGGAAAACUCGGGACAGCGCCAGCUUUCCUGCUGCAAGCUCGGAGCAAUCUUGGACCGCAGAUAUUCUCCUCACUGAGGAGGACUUGCGCAGCCCCGAAGACGAGAACCACAACAUGUCCGACGAAAACGAAGACGUGCGGCACCUCGGAAGUGAGGAUCGGAACUAUAAGAAAGGAGACCGAGCACAACUACUAGCAGACGAAGCGGACAACAAAAACAUAGAUGUUGAACCUGAGACAGAUGAAGAUUUCGAUUGCAGCGAGGAAGUUGUGUCCACGGAGGUCGAACGCCACACGAAAUGGCUGGAACGUGUACGCGAGCUGCAGAAGGAGCGCGACAAAGAGAUUAUCAACAUGAAACUGGAACAGGAACGGCUGCUGCUGGAGCGGGAAGAGGUGGAAGCGGCAAACACGAAAACGAUUGUUGGGUUGCGAGCAGAGUUGGCGACUCUGCAGGCCCAGCUUGUCCAGUUGCAGCAAGUGAAAACGCCGUCUUCAUCUGGCGCUCAGGUCGGGCUGCAUAAGGGAAAGCUGGAGGAUUCCGCGAACCUUGGAACAGGUACUGAGUCAACUGAUAUUUUUCGAAGAUGCUGAUCAGAAUUUGAAUUUGUUCAUUUUCAUGUUGUUGGGGCCGAUUAUACUAACAGUGCUUGAACUCAUGUUGUUGGACGUGCGUACGUCUGGGUCUGUUCGAAGGCGGAAUGCCGCAGUGGAGUCACUUACAAUGCGUGGAAAAUGUAAAGACUUGAUUAUCCCAUACAGAUGUUGGCUCGUCGAACAGCGCGUCGCCGGCAGAGGGCGAUUCCAUUUCCACGGACGAGAUUCGGCCUGGUCACUGGAUUCUUCAUUGACGCUUUCUACCAUAAUCAUGCUGCUUGUUGACCACCUGGAGCCUUGCGUCCGUCCUCAAUGUCAUUGAAAUUAACUUCGCCAUACAUUACAGCAUGGCACGAGCAGAGCAGCGGGAUGUGUGUUAGAAUAGUGUAGAUACUUUUGAAAGUAGAGAAACCCUUGCGCAAUGGCGAUUUUCUUUCUGUGUGAGUACAAGGAAAAAUGGAAGAGGACUUCUGGG